AUGGCUGCUGGAAACCUCGUUAAGAAGAUUGGCGGUGACAUCAUGGGCUACCUCUUCCUCAUGGAGCUCGAGUUCUUGCACGGAAGAGACAAGCUCAACGCCCCCGUCGUUACUCUGCUCAGUGGCCAGGACGCCGAGAGCCGCGAGAAGGAGCUUCCUCUUGGUCAGACCAAGGAGUCUGCCGAGGAGGCAAACCAGAGCGUACAAGACGCCGGAGGUGCUGCUGCCAGCAAGCAGCCAUAG